AUGUCGGCUGAUCAUCUGAGCAGACCAACACAGAGAAGCCGAAGACCACAACCCUUCUCUUUGUCAUCUACGAUCCCGAGACUAGAUAAGAGAAGGCAAAUUAUUUCAAUGGUAGUGGGGAACGUAAAGUUCCUGGACAGCUUAAAUUAUUUUCCAAUGGCUCUUUCUAAGCUGCCUAGGGCUUUCGGCUUGGACAAUAAUUUCAAGAAAGGUUACUUCCCUCACCUAUUCAACACCGCAGCAAACGCAAAUUACGUGGGUCCCCUACCGGCAGCAGAAUACUAUGACCCCGAUAAUAUGAAACCGGAAGAUCGUGCCAAGUUCCUCGAGUGGCACGAGGAACACAGGGACGACGAGUUCGAUAUGCAGCGCGACCUCGUCGAAUAUUGUAUUUCUGAUGUUGAAAUUUAA